GUCACGUACGAAUCAUUUUAUCGUGUCAUUAUUAAUAAAUUUGAUAUUGCAAUAUACUGAAAAAGCCAGAAACAUGGAGAUACAGUUUACCUUGACGGUAUUAUGUUUGCUGGAGUUAAACUUGCAAACGCGAUCGGAUAACAAUAAAUGUGUAAACAAUAAAGAGGUUAGUUGCUGUACGGGAUAUUAUAUGUAUGAGGAAAAUAUGACCUGUCUAGCCUGUAUUGGUGCAUUGGGACAAAAUUGUUCUAUACCAUGUUCCUCUGGCUUUUACGGAAGACUGUGUAAAUCAAGGUGCCUGUGUCCCGAGAAUCAAUGUGAUAAACUAACUGGCUGUGUCAAAGACAAUGGAAGGACAAAGAAGCCUAAAUUAUUAGACCAUAUCAAAAAAUUUAUACGACGUCACUGGUCAAUUAUCCCUAUACUGGUUUUGCUGCUGUUGUUUGUGAUCAUUUGUAGUCUUCUGGUGUACAUAACAAGGAAAAAGAACAGAAUCAGGAGAUCAGUUCGAAGCAGACGUAGAUCGACUGAUUACACACAUACUCUUCCAUUGGAUCCUCUCAGUGAUUACCAACAUAUGAUCUCCUGUACCCCGCACAUAUCUACAGAAUACAUCAAUACAUUCUCGGAAUACAUCAAUGCAUCUACAGAAUGCCUCAAUGCUUCUUUUCAGUUGAAACCUGUGGAUGAUAUAUCAGGAGCUGGAUACAUAUGAAAAGAUACUAGAAAUUUGUCGAUGUGAUUUAUUUUGUAUUGAAGUAUAGAAGAUGAGAGAGAGAGAGAGAGAGAGAGAGAGAGAGAGAGAGAGAGAGAGAGAGAGAUUGUUAAAAGUAAAUUUAGAUAUUUGUACUCUGAUUUUUCAUUAAUGAAUGGUUAACGUCGACUUUGCCAAGAGUCCCUUGCUUUUAGUCAAGUGGAUACCUAACAUUUCCACACAUCAUUCGUUUCGUCAAGGACAGUAUAUGAACUGAGAGUCUCGACAGGUGUGGAAUAUUUGGUCAUCAAACUAAUUAACUUUAAGCAUUUGAACAUUUCCUGGAAUAUUCGAAAGUGUUCACUUUAGAACAAGAAAUGCUUAGUGAUCACAUUUUAACACCAAACUAAUUAUAGCAACUUUCAUUUCUGUUUGGCACCACGGGCUUUUCCAGUGUCAAGAAGAACGAUGAUCCUCAAAAAAUUAUGAUCAGGGAUAAUUUUUUCGAUGUUGACCUUUUGAUGUAGAAAAAUGGCUAUUUUAGUGCCUGAUGUCAUGCCAUUAGGCAAAUCUAAGGUUUGAAAGUUGCCUUCUCCGAAACAAUGCAGACUAUGGGAGCAAGCAAUACCAAGAUUUUUCAUAAAAAAGAUUAACCGAUCAUUGUUUAAUGUGGCAACAUUUACAUUCACAAUUAAUGAAAAUGUUAUAUGGGAUGUAAUUAGGAACAGU